AAUUGAUGAUCGGACACGCUGAUUUCAUUGUCUGAGGAGGCAGUGGAGACCCAGGAAAAAUCUCGCUGAAUACGCCUGCCCCAGCCCUGGCUUGAUCUGGGAUCCUCUGAUCCCUCCCGUCACUGCACCACGCCCGAGAUGAAUCUACGUUCUGUAUUUACUGUAGAACAACAAAGGAUUUUACAGCGUUAUUAUGAAAAUGGAAUGACAAAUCAAAGUAAAAAUUGCUUUCAGCUCAUAUUACAGUGUGCACAGGAGACUAAGCUGGACUUCAGUGUAGUCAGGACGUGGGUUGGCAAUAAGAGAAGAAAAAUGAGUAGUAAGAAUUCUGAAUCAGGAGCAGCAACAACAGGAACUGUUUCUGGUACUCCUUUGGCAGCUCCAGACGUUACAGUCAGAAAUGUGGUUAAUAUUGCUCCAACCUCAAGACAACAGUCUUCUUGGAUAUCACCCAAUAAUGAUGUCAUUGUAACUGGUAUAUACAGUCCAGCCAGUUCAUCAAGUAGGCAAGGGACAACCAAACAUACAAAUACACAAAUUACAGAAGCACAUAAAAUCCCUAGUCAGAAAACAGCCAGUAAAAAUGAUACUGAGUUUCAGUUGCACAUUCCUGUUCAAAGACAAGUAGCACACUGUAAAAAUGCCUCUCUGCUCUUAGGUGAAAAAACAAUUAUUUUGUCCAGACAGACAAGUGUGCUAAAUGCUGGAAACUCUGUAUACAAUCACACAAAGAAACACUAUGGAAGCUCUUCAAUGCAAGCCUCUGAGUUGACGGUACCACAAAAGCCAUCUGUGUGCCACCAACCUUGCAAAAUUGAACCAGUCGGAAUUCAAAGAUCAUAUAAGCCUGAACACACGGGUCUAGCAUCACAUAACUUAUGCGGGCAAAAGCCACCUAUUAGAGACCCUUACUGCAGAACACAAAACUUGGAAAUCCGUGAAGUAUUUUCAUUGGCAGUUAGUGAUUACCCCCAGAGAAUUCUGGGAGGAAAUGCCCCACAGAAGCCUCCUAGUUCAACAGAAGGAACUUGUUUGUCCAUUGCAAUGGAGACUGGAGAUGCUGAUGAUGAGUAUGCCAGAGAGGAAGAGUUGGCAUUGAUGGGAGCACAGAUACCAAGCUACUCAAGAUUUUAUGAAAGUGGCAGUUCCCUUCGAGCUGAGAACCAAAGUACAGUUUUGCCCAGACCAGGAAGAAAUAUGCCAAAUUCACCAAUGGUGAAUAUUAGAGACUUGUCAGACAAUGUACUGUAUCAAAACAGAGAAUACCAUUUGACACCACGGACCUCAUUACAUACAGCAUCUACUACAAUGUACAGUAAUACAAAUCCAUCACGGAGUAAUUUUUCUUCACAUUUUGCAUCAUCAAACCAAUUGAGGUUAUCACAAAACCAAAACAAUUACCAGAUUUCAGGAAACCUUACUGUGCCUUGGAUUACAGGGUGUUCUAGAAAAAGAGCACUACAAGACCGCACUCAGUUCAGUGACCAAGACUUAGCCACCCUUAAGAAGUACUGGGACAAUGGCAUGACCAGCCUUGGCUCUGUUUGUAGAGAGAAAAUUGAAGCAGUGGCAACUGAAUUGAGUGUUGACUGUGAAAUAGUUCGGACUUGGAUUGGGAAUCGAAGAAGAAAAUAUCGUUUAAUGGGGAUUGAAGUUCCACCUCCAAGAGGAGGCCCUGCUGAUUUUUCUGAGCAGCCCGAAUCUGGUUCUUUAUCUGCACUCACACCAGGAGAGGAAGCUGGUCCUGAAGUAGGAGAGGAUAAUGACAGAAAUGAUGAAGUAUCCAUCUGUUUGUCUGAAGGAAGCUCGCAAGAGGAGUCCAGUGAAGUUGUUCUAAAUGAGGCAAGGGCUCAUAAGGAGGAGAACCACCAUACAGUAUCCUCAGAUAAUGUGAAAAUAGAAAUUAUUGAUGAUGAAGAAAGUGACAUGAUAAGUAAUUCUGAAGUAGAACAAGUGAAUUCUCUCUUGGAUUAUAAGAAUGAAGAAGUCAGAUUCAUUGAAAAUGAACUAGAGAUUCAAAAGCAAAAAUAUUUUAAACUUCAGACGUUUGUAAGAAGCUUGAUACUAGCUAUAAAAGCUGAUGAUAAGGAACAACAGCAGGCACUGCUGUCAGAUUUACCUCCUGAAUUAGAAGAGAUGGAUUUCAAUCAUGCCUCACCGGAGCCUGAUGAUACCUCAUUCAGUGUGUCUUCUUUAUCAGAGAAAAAUGCCUCAGACAGUUUGUGAUUGGGUGGGGGGAGGAUAUGUGAUACAGCCUUUUGGCUACCUAACAGGUAUGCAUUUCAAGAUAGUUGCAUUCUGUUGUCCCGAAAUUCUUCAGUUGGAAAAAGAUAUUGUCGAACAACGUAUACUGAAGGAUUAACAAGAUAUGAUGGCUGUGGUGCAAAAAGAUGUAUGUAAAAUUUAAAAGCAUUGUUUGAGAGUUUUUUCCAAACUGAUGGAACUCUGGGAAAAAAAUGUAAUUAAUUUUGAGCAGUUUAGCUAUGAAAUGAAUAAUGUCUAAUUUCUGAAAGGUCUUUUUGGUUUUAUAGAAGAAUCUUAGUUUUAGUAAUAGUUUUGACCAGACACAAAAACAAAGAUAUUUCAACAUAGCUUAUCAAGUUACUGAAGCUUGAUUAGUCUUGUUUUUGUAGCCAUUACGUCUUCUUUCUUCCUCUCUCCUUUUCCUGUUAUCUACAUACACCUUUAUUCAGGAAAGUGGACUGAAAAUUGAAAACAAAACCUUAAAAAUGUUUUUUAACCUGGAUGAAUCUUGGGAUUUAUUUUUAAACUCCUAUGAGAAUUUGACUUAAGUUAAUGUUUGAAAAUUGAAGUGAUUACUACUAUAUAAUUGUAAAUUAUUGGUAUUCUUCCAUUAUGUAACCCAAAUAUUUUGGGAAGGGAAGCAUUAUGGAAAAGUAAUUCAUGGACAUGAAGUCAAAUAAAUUAUUAAGUGUAUAGAACAAAAUGUUGUAAAAGAUUAAUCUUAAUGGGAGUCUUCAUUGCUGCAAAUGACAAAUAUUGAUAAGAUUCACAUUCUACUGGUAAAUUUAUAUAACUGAGUUAGACGAAAUGUUGCACAAAUAUUACAAGUUUAUCACCAUCACCAUAAUAUUUCUUCAGUUCUUACACUUUAUGAAACAAGAAGUCAAGGUAAGCCACUGAGUUUUCUUUGUGUUGUUUUUUUUUUAUCUAGUCACUUAACUUUGCCACAAAAUUUACCUCAUUUCCAUGCAAGACUUGUACAGAGUCAUCAGCCAAGGAUAAUAUCCAAAAAGAAUUAUACUACUUUGUUUGUAAAUAACAGUCCUCUGAAUUUCCUGGAUACUAUUCUAUGAGUACACUCCUAAAAUGGGCAUGCUACCCAGUUGCUCUAUUAGUAGCUACCAGAUAGCACCACACUGUAGACAAUUUUUUGCAGACCUUCCCUUCCAGGGUACCAGAUGGCAUUACCAUGACCCAUAGAAGGGAAAAUGCUAGUUUCUCCCUGAGCACACAGUAUCACAUAUUUGUGAGUUGGCAGUGUGUAAUUGUAUCACAUGAUUAAAUUACUAUCUAUACCUAAAAGAUUAAUGAAGUAACUAGAUGUCUCUUUUGGCCAUCAAGCUUCUAUGUCAGAUAUUUUUGUAAUUUGUAAGUAAAAUCAAGUUUGAUCUUGGAAUUCACAGGUACCAACUUAUGAAUACAAAAAUGCAGUCAUGAAUGUCUUUGACCUUGAAAUGUCCCCUCCCACACACACAAAUAGGUAAGGUUCAUUGAUAAUCAUUCACUUUGUCAGCUAUUUGUUUGAUUUAAUAUUGCUGCCAUGCUACUGUUAUUGUUCUUUGUUAGCAGAAAUAUUUCAGUUGUUAGGUAUGCUCCCUUUUAGCUGAGAGCUGUAUGGUUCUUCAUAAACAAUUUUUAGUACUCCUUGUUGACAGGACAAAUUCCAUUCAGAGAAAAGAGGGCUGAGUAACAGAACCUUGGAUAUUGCGUUUAAAUUUAUCAGUCACUCUAAUUCCCUAUGAGAUAAAGAGUCUCUACUAUAUACAGCAAAUAGAGAAACCAUUUCUUGAGGUAACAUGAACAAACUCCAGCUCUUCAAGUCUCUCUUACCAUCCUUUUUACUAGUUGUUGAGUUUAUCUUUAAACUAUAAUUUCUCCUGCUUCAAUUUAAGCACCUUAUUAUUGAGUUUUUGUUACUAAGUAAAGAUAGGUGAUUCUCUCCUACAUCUUUGAACUCUAUGGAUUACGCUUGUCACACUUCAGCAAUUAGUCAAUAAAUCAAAAAAUAUUCAUUGAACUCCUGCAAUAGGGACAUUGGAUUUCUACUCCUCAGCAAGCCAUAAACUUCCAAAUAAAUUAUUUCUUUUCACUUUUUCAAGGAUAGAAAUAAAAUUAUUUAAGUAGAAAUUUUAAUAGACUUAAGGAUUUUACUAGGUAUGGCAUAGAUGAUUCCCUUGUCCCUGUUUAAAGUUCCAUUAAAAUAGAAACUGCAUAAAUCAUAACAGUACACUUAAGAAUCCUUUUGUCUUGACAUUUGUGUUUCAGCCCUAAAAUUAUUUAUUUUACUAUCAUUGAAUGUAAAACAUUUCUAAAACGAAAUACAGUUUUUCUGUAGCAGGAACCAAAGGAAAUAGAUGUAUCCAGAAAAAGAAAUCAAAAUUGGCAAAUUGAAAUUAUACACCAUAGAUUUUGAAAAUGAUGCCAAGGUCAAGUAUUAAAAAUCUACUUUGAAGAAAAUAUAUUUUCACAUGUAUAGAUUGGAAUUGAUUUUGAGACUUUUAGAGCAGGAAAAUAUCAGUUUAUGGACUCCUUUUGUGAACAUCAUCAUGACUGGGAGGAGAAAAACAACUAGUGUUUCUUUCUUUAGGGCUUUGACACAAUAAUAAAACAGAACAUAGUAUCUGACGCCAUACUAUCUCUCACAAAGACAGAUGCCAACAUGAUUUUUUUUCCUUUUCUUUUAACUAUCCUUUGAUGUCUGCUUUUGGCCUGUUUCUAAACAGGGAAUGUGUAUCUAAAAGCAGUUACCAGGACUUCCCUAGCAGUCCAGUGGUUAAGACUCUGAGCUCCCAAUGGCUCCGCCAGAAAAAAAAAAAAAAAAAAAAAAAGAGAGCACUUACCUUUCAAAAUGUGUAUUAAAAAAAAAACCCUGAAGUACCUCUCUUAUUUCAGCCAAGCUAACAUUAGUCCCAAGAAAAUGAGAACUGCAGUUACCCUGGAGAAUAGGAAAAUUAGCACACGCAAGGAAAACAUUGAAAGGAAAUCGGCCUCUUCAUGGAACCUAGGGAUGUUUUGUUGUAACGUCAGUUAUCAACAGAAGGAAUUUUGUACUAUCAUUGAAAUCUUGUGAUAGAAAUGUUUGUUAUUGUUGGAGAAGAAAAGGCUGCAACCCAAUUACAUCCUAAGCUCUGUAUACUACCAAGACCUCAAAAGAUGUCCAAGAGGUAAUUUCUCCAAAGACAGUAACAUCUAUUUUAAGACACUUUCACAGUCAGCAGUAUGUAAGUUUGUAGGAGAAAGCAUAAGUGGUAUAUUUAAAAGAAUUCUAGCCUCUAAGAUUGACUUUGUUGCCCUUUUUAGGGAGGAGGGAGCAUUCAGCCCAUUUCCAGGAAUAGUUUCCUCACCUUGGCCUGACAGCUUAUGAUCAUAUUUAAGAAGAAUUCUGAAAACUCUAACUCCUGUCCUUCCUCCAUAUUGCAGUGGUGGUAUACAGGGAAUAUUGCUUAUUUUUUUUAAAUAUUAGAUUUUCAUUCAGAUCCUAAAAGUGCCAAAUUCUGAUAGAUUAGCCUUUUAAGGGAGUUAUCAGUAGGAGUUAUGAAUAAAUGGGUUUAUCUUUGAAGUUGGUGUUAUCCUUGGCAGACAGCACUGUAUCAUGCUCUUCACUAAGCUAUGCUCUGUGAUGUUAUAAUGGAGGAGCCUACUAACUUGUGAGCCUACAGUCAACAUACCAUUGCCCAAAACAAACCUUUAUUAAGAACAGAUUUGCUAAGGGAUAAAAGAGAAUAAAGUGAUAUUUUCAUGGAAAUAUAUUAUGAUUGUUCCAUUAAAGUGUAUACUGAGUAUAUAUUUCUCCACAUUGAAAUUUUAUUUUGCAUUAACUUGUUAAUUACUUUUAGUAAUCUUGUGUCCUAUUUUACUGGCACUACCUCUGAAACAUACUAUCAUGUUAAAACCACAUCAGGCUGUAUAAUGUGAAAUUUUGUAGUGUUUUUAUUUAAACUUUUAUAGAGGCAAUAAAUG